UUAAGAGCCUCCGAGAGAAAAGAAGAAGAAGAGUUGUAAUGGAGGCUAAAAAGCAAGAUGAUUACUCUCUUACAAUACCACUACUUGUUAACAAUGGAGAUGUGGGAACGAAGGUAAAAGAAGAGCAAUACAUCAACAACACAACCACAGGAACAACCACCGGAACUGCUUCUUUCGUUAGUACUUGUUUCAAUUGUCUCAAUGGUCUUUCAGGAGUCGGAAUACUUUCAGUACCAUACGCAUUAGCAUCAGGAGGGUGGUUGAGUUUACUUCUACUUCCUUUAAUCGCCAUCUCAACGUUCUACACAGGAUUACUAAUUCAAAGAUGCAUGGAUUCUGAUCCAACAAUCACAAAUUACUCCGAACUUGGGGGUCGAGCAUUUGGUAAAACAGGCAAAACCCUAGUAUCAAUCACCAUGAACAUCGAGCUCUAUUUAGUAGCAACAGGUUUUCUAAUCCUAGAAGGUGAUAACUUAAGCAACUUAUUCCCAGAUAUAGAUUUUGAUAUCUUUGGUGUUCAUAUUGAUCCCAAAAGUGGAUUUAUUGUGUUUGUUGCAAUCAUUAUACUCCCUACAAAUUGGUUGAACAACAUGAGUGUUCUUUCAUAUAUAUCUGCAAGUGGAGUUGCAGCCUCUGUGAUUAUUCUGGGAUCUAUCUUUUGGGGUGGUGCAUUUGAUGGUAUUGGUUUUCAGGAGAAGGGUAAUUUGGUAAAAUGGAAUGGAAUCCCUUCGGCUAUUAGCUUAUAUGCAUUUUGCUAUUGUGCGCAUCCCGUUUUUCCUACCCUAUAUACUUCCAUGAAAAACCAACGUCAAUUCUCAAAGGUCUUGUUCCUAUGUUUCGCCUUUUGUACCGCUACAUACUCAUUAAUGGCAGUUAUCGGUUACCUCAUGUUUGGGUCAAAUGUAGAGUCAGAGAUUACCUUAAACCUUCCUACCAACAACAUAAGCUCAAAAGUAGCCAUAUUCACCACCUUAGUCACUCCAAUAGCUAAAUAUGCACUAAUGGUAACACCAAUUGUCAAUACCAUUGAAGCACGAUUUCAGUCUUCUUACAGCAAAAGGAUUCGUUCAUUCAUAAUUAGAACAAUCUUAAUGAUAAGCACAGUAGUUGUAGCCCUAUCGCUACCUUUUUUCGGGUAUUUAAUGGCACUUGUGGGAGCCCUCUUAAGUGCUACAGUUUCAGUCACAAUCCCAUGCUUGUGUUACUUGAAGAUUUCAGGGAUUUAUAGAAGAAUUGGGGUUGAGAUGACGAUUGUUGUGUUUGUUGGGUUAAUUGGGGUUAUUGUAGCAAUUGUGGGAAUUGGCAUGAAUUCGAAAGGAUUUUUUUUCAUAGAAAUACAAGAUUCUCAGAUUCUGGGAUGGAAAGCGAUAAUUGGUCUUGUUAAUUUGCUAAAUGUGGAUGAUGAUUAA